AUGAGCCUUCUUUCAGUCGAGGGAACAACAGUAACGUCUGGCUUUGAGUUACUUCAAAAAAUUGAGCAAUGGUCAUCCAAUAAUAUCGAACAAGAAACUCUUCUAUGUACAAUGGAUGUAACCGAUCUUUAUACAAUGAUUCCUCAGGUCAGUGGUGCUUUAUCUCUCAGGAAAAUGUUAGAUUAUUUGAACAUUAAACAAAUCGAUGGUUUAAAAACUGAAGUUAUCAUUCGAUUAGCUCGAUUUGUUAUGACAAAUAGUGGAGCAAUGGGUUGUCCAUUAACUUUAAUCAUUGCCAAUUGUUAUAUGUUUUUCUUCGAACAAAAUAUAGUAAAACAAAUUAAUAACAGUUUUGGCUUAUACGUUCGAUUUAUUGAUGAUAUUUUUAUUGCUAUUGAUUGGCCUAAACAACGUUUUCUCAAACAGAUUGAUCGAUGGAAUGCAUUAGAUUCCAAUAAAAUCAAGAUGGUUCGAUAUUUACUUUUUGUUUAUCAUAAACCAUCUUAUCAGCCAUAUUAUUUGCCAUUCAAUAGCAUUCAUCCUUUACAUAUGAAGAAAAAUAUACCUUUUGCUAUGUUACUAAGAGCAAUAAGGUAUUGUUCAACAUUUAAAGAAUAUAAAAAAGAACGAGAUCAAAUGAAAAUGGCAUUACUUCUCAAACAAUAUCCAAGUCAACUUAUCGAUCAACAACUUAACCAUGUCUUCUAUGAAUACGAUAUUAAACUACAGAUGAAUAUUAUCCAUUACCAUAAUAUUCGUCAAAAAAUUAUUAAUAGCCCAUUACAAGUUAAAGAACCAAUUGAUUAUGGUCAUAAAAUGUUUAUUCAUUUUACUUAUUGUUCCAAUAUAAGAAACUUUCCUAAAAAAUUCCAUAAUCUUUGA